AUGUCUUUCAGAAAUCCUAAAGCUGUAGGACAACUCACAAAAAGAGCUUCACAAGCUACCAUUUCACGCCUCACGAACAAUGCUUCUCCCAUAACUACCUCAUUAUUGCAAAAAAGCAACGCGGAUCAAUCCAGAUCAUUUGCGACUCCGGUACCGCCGGUAACACAAGAUGCGACCGGAAGGAGAGGACCUACGGCAAUGGUGCUCAUGAAUAUGGGUGGCCCUCAGACUACAGAUGAAGUUGGAGGUUUCUUGAGUAGAUUAUUCGCAGACGCCGACUUGAUUCCUCUUGGACGCUUUCAGAACUAUGUUGGUCCUCUCAUUUCAAAACGUCGUACGCCGAAGAUUCAAAAGCAAUAUGCUGCCAUUGGUGGCGGGUCCCCAAUUCGAAAAUGGUCAGAAUAUCAAGCCGAGGAGAUGUGCAAGUUACUAGACAAAAUGUCUCCUGAAACCGCACCUCAUAAACCAUACGUGGCAUUCAGAUAUGCCAACCCUCUGACCGAAGAGAUGUAUAAUAAGCUGUUAGCAGAUGGUUUUGGCGGCGGAAAUGGUGGAAGAGCAGUAGCGUUCACACAAUACCCUCAAUACAGUUGUUCGACUACCGGAAGUAGUUUGAAUGAACUAUGGAAGUGGAGACAAAGACUCGAGGGCAAAGCUGCAGGGAGUCCAAAUGGAAGUGAUGGUACGAUCGAUUGGAGUGUCAUUGAUAGAUGGCCAGCCCACCCAGGUCUAGUCGAAGCUAUUGCUCAAAACAUCGAAGCUACUCUGGCGACAUACCCCGAAAAGGAGAGAAAGGAUAUCGUUUUACUAUUCUCAGCACACAGUUUACCAAUGUCUGUGGUCAACAGAGGUGAUCCUUAUCCAGCCGAAGUUGCCGCUACAGUUUACGCCGUGAUGCAAAGAUUAGGCCACUCUCAUGCAUACCGACUUUGCUGGCAAUCACAGGUUGGCCCUAGUGCAUGGUUAGGAGCUCAAACGAGUGACACUGUCGAGGAAUAUGUUAAGAAGGGUCAAACGAAACUUAUAAUCAUUCCUGUCGCAUUUACCUCGGAUCAUAUUGAAACUCUUUACGAAUUAGACGAAGAAGUUAUCGGAGAGUCAGGCCACAAGGACACCAUCAAGAGGUCAGAAAGUUUGAACGGAUCACCAGUAUUCAUUCAAGCUUUGGCCGAUAUUGCAAAAACUCAUAUGGAUAGUGGAGUUUCUUGUAGUGUACAAAUGGGACUAAGAUGUCCGGGGUGCAAGAGUGAGAAGUGUGGAGAGACUAAAAAGUUCUUUGCUGGUCCCGAGAGAACAUUUGCCGCUUGA